AUGUCGACCACAAAUCCCUACGGCUACACCAUGGCCGCCACAUACGAUCAAGGCCUCGAGCCAGCGCGCAACGACUAUCCAGAGGUCACAGACCCUUCCCACUGCGCACCGGAAUACGUGCCUCCCCAGCCACUGACCAAUGAGCCGAUGAAGCCGUAUGGAAGUACUUACGUGACUCCUGCCGCCCCUUAUGAGCUCUCACACACGAGGGAAUCAUCCUCGGCAUAUGGUGGACAUGCAGCAACGGCGGCACCACCUUACGAUAUGCACGAUCAGGUCCGGUUGCCAGCAUCGCCCCCAACGACAGAUCUGUCAUCAUCGAUGAGCUCGGAAAAGCCCCCUUCUCACCACCGGAAAAAGACAGUAUUCGGCUGCACAACACUGGUGUUUGUUCUCUCGUGCAUCAUUGCGCUUCUGUCGAUGGCCGUGAUUGGGCUGGCAGCUGCCGCGGGUAUGGAGGCGCACAGGGCGAACACCAACGCGAGCAGGAUAGCGGUCAUGCUUGCUGAGAGCAAUAGUACGUCUGGGGGGUUGGAGUCGGUUUCUGACGCCGAGCCCGAGCCUGGUACCGGUUCUGGUUCUGAUUCCAACACUACUCCCGGCAGCACAAGAACCGUCACCGUCACCGUCUCCGCUGCUGCUGCGGCGACCGAGACUGUCAGGGUCACUCCUGCUUCCGCCAUCUCCGCCGUUGACGACGGCUGCUCGGAAAACCCUGAGAAAGUCCACGGGUCGACUUAUACUUCUUAUAAACGCUUCAACUCUUUGAAAUUCACCCGCUACUGCCAACGAGAUCCAGACGGCUCGCUCGUGAUGGUGAUUUUUACCUCGACUUUUGAACAGUGCAUGGACGCGUGCGCGUCGUACUCGACUUAUGUAGCGGAGUCGUUCCCCACGGGAGGCGCAAAGACGAGGUGUGACGGGGUUAGUUUUAUUCCCGAGUGGGCGGAUAAGGCUGCUGCGGGUAAGGAGAAUUCGAGGGGGAAUUGUUACCUGAAGAGUGGAGUUAAGGGGGAGGGGGGAGAGAAUGGGAAAAAGGUCAAGGUUCAUGCUGCUAUUUUGCAGGGAUAAAUAAGUUGGGGGAGGGGAGGAAUGAUACCCAGGGUGCGUGUGCGUGAGGAGUAGGUAGUCGAUUGGAUGGAUUUGUUGUGCGAUUAUAAUGGGAGGACAUUGGGAAGCGUUGAGGAAGGGUGGAGUAGGAUGUGUUUAUCUGGGCUUUGACUUUGACUGUAUUGAUUGUUCAGCUUUCUCUUUUUCUUCUUUGGCGCUAAUAAAUACCUGUAUGAAAAACUGGUGCGUGAGUCUGAC